CGGAGCCCAGCCCCGGGGCCCGCGCGCCCCGCCGCCAUGAGCGGCGCGGACGGUAACGACGAGUUCUACCAGCAGCUGCAGCUCCAGCAGCAGUACGAGGCGGAGCGCGGCGGCGGCGGCGAAGGCGAGCCCGACCCCUUCACCUACGUGGACCCGGCCGACGGCGCCGCCUACGAGUGGGACCGCGAGAAGAAGGCCUGGUUCCCCAAGAUAACAGAAGAUUUUCUGGCAACAUACCAUGCUAACUAUGGCUUCAAUGCAGAUGAUACAGACAGCUCAUCCGCUUCUGGCACAGCAGCUGAAAGUAAGCUACCAGUAAGUUCUAAGACAUCGGGAACACAACCUGCAGCGAACGAGAAAGGACCACAACAAACUGAUCCAAAACAAAAAGCAGAAAAACGGAAGCUUGAAGCAGGAUGGUUUCAUGUUGAAGAAGACAGAAACACAAAUGUUUAUGUGACUGGUUUACCUCCAGACAUUACAAAGGAUGAAUUUGUACAAGUCAUGUCAAAAUGUGGUAUCAUUAUGCGAGAUCCUCAGACAGAGGAACACAAAAUCAAACUUUAUAAGGAUAAGGAAGGAAACCUUAAAGGAGAUGGGCUGUGUUGCUAUCUAAAGAGGGAAUCCGUUCAACUUGCACUGAGACUUCUGGAUGAGGCAGAAAUUAGAGGCUAUAAAUUGCAUGUUGAAGUUGCAAAGUUUCAACUGAAGGGGGAGUAUGAUGCAAGCAAGAAAAAGAAGAAAUGUAAAGACUACAAAAAGAAGUUAUCCCAGCAGCAGAAACAGCUGGAUUGGAGGCCUGAGAAGAAAGAUGGUGCAAAUCGAAUGCGACAUGAACGCAUCAUUAUUAUCAGGAAUAUGUUUCAUCCAAAGGAUUUUGAGGAGGAUCCUUUAGUGCUAAAUGAGAUCAGAGAAGAUCUACGGACAGAGUGUGAAAAGUUUGGACAAGUAAAGAAGGUUCUCAUAUUUGAUCGGCACCCUGACGGAGUCGCUUCCGUGUCAUUUAAAGAAGCAACAGAAGCAGAUCUGUGCAAGCGAACCCUGAACGGAAGGUGGUUUGGAGGCCGUCAGCUCAGUGCUGAAACGUGGGACGGUGUAACAGAUUAUCAGGUGGAGGAGACUGCAAGAGAAAGGGAAGAAAGGCUCAAGGUGUGGGGAUCAUUCUUAGAGGAUCCUGAUGCAAAGGAGGAGAAAACCACAUCUGAUUCAGAUUCUGCAACAAGUAGUGUUCAACUGCCUGAAGGCAGACAACCUUCCAAAGCUAAUGACACAACUAAAGAGGAUGUAAAGGAUGAAGCCCCUAAGGGGGAGAAUAAUGGGGAGGGCAUUAAUGAAGAUGGUGCUCCUUCUACAGACAGCAGUCUUGCAGGCAGUGAUGAUGAAGCAGAUACAUAACACCUUCAAAGCUUUAUGAAAGCGUAAUUUUUAGGGUGGUGUUUGAGUUUWUUCCUUGUUUCCCAGUGACUACAGACAACAUUCAUAUGAGUAUAUGCAUUUUAGGAUGUCAUCUGUUGUGUGCUUUGAGAUUUUCAUUAAAAGCAGUAUUUAAUGAGGCUCUAAAAGUUUCUAAUUAAUUGGCUGUUCAGGUAAAGUAAUUCAAGUUGCCAAGAAUGCAUCAGACUGAGGCUUCUUUUGUUCUAUCUUUGCUUGUCAAUGUUUCAUUAUGUAAGUGUAAAAUAUGUUCAAACACUUAAGUUUAUGUAACUGUAUGAAGCUUUAGUAAUGCAAAGCUAUUACAAGAUUUGUGGAUUUUACUGUAAAUUUUCCCUGUACCCUUUGGAAUUUGGUGUCUUAUUCUUCAAAGCUACUGUUGUCCUGAGCUCUUUGGAUUGUUGUUUUACAGAACAAAUCCUGUGAUACAUACAGGGUGAACGUUUAGAAAUGUUGUUACACCUUACAGAGCAAAUAAUGGAGUAGUACAAAGUUGUUCACGGAUGUGGAAGGUGAGCAAGGUUACUACAACUGACAUAAAGCAAACUUAGUGACGAAAGAUAAUUAAAUCACACCAUCAAGUCUGUAAGUCUCUCUUCGUUCUGCUUAGAUCUUCUGUUGAUGCAACAAGGGAUUGUGACAAGGAGAUUAGAAAUACAUUACCAUGUUCUAGGCCAUAAUGUAAAUAAGGCAUCCUAAAUUCUUGUGGUUUUGUGUGCUGUAGGCAUGCAAAAUGGACUUUUGAGUUAUGGCUUUGAUUUGUGUUGUUUCUGCCUUAACAUUAGAGUAAGGAUUUUCCUUCAUCUUCAUUAGGAUGGUGAGUAUGAGUUCUCUUAAAUACAGCCGUUUGGGUGGCCUUACAUGCUUUUCAUGCGUGGGAUUUCUCAUAUGUCAUAAAAUUAAAGAAUUUUGAUAUCUUGAUGUCCAGUUUGUUGUGUAAAUGUCAAAAUACAGGAGAACAGGCUUUCAAAGGAUAUUACUUUUUUAUUGAAAAGGUAAAUGCUAGACAUAAAAUGCUAGCCCCAUUCUUAGAAGUACGUUAAUAAGUAGCAGGCUUUCAGAAAUAACCUUGGGGGAGCUGCUUUGCGCAGGGAGUUCUUUAUUUAGAAAGAAUUAUUUUGAUUUUUAAGGAUAUAAAAGAUAAAUCGGUAGAUUUAGACACUGAGUAUUUAAAAUACUAGUGCUAAUUCCACAGCACGUUGUUCAUAUGGAUGGCUAUUAGCACACAUUUAGAAGUAGUUUUUUUAAUUCGUAUUGGAUUGCAAGAAAUUGUAAUUGCUAAUUCUUACAUUUAUUUCCAUCCUGAAUUAUUCAAAAUACCCUGAAUUUUUUUUUUUAAACUCUAUCUCUGAGUGUUAAUAUCCAUAUUGUUCCUGAAGUCUUUGGCAUGGAUAAUUUAUAAUUAGAUAAGGAUAGGUUAUGGCAACAAAAUCACCUAAGUUAAUGCUUGUGUUAUGGUUAUAAACACUACCUGAUCAUGACAAAAUAUGUCAUCUUACAACAGAGAAGAGGCUUCAUUCUGGUUUUAAAAGUUUAAUAUAAACCAAUGUGACAGAUUUUUAGUGUUAAUCAGCUGUACAUUAAAGGAGAGCUAUAGCUUUUGCCAUCCAAGAAAGACCAUUUUCUCAUCUUUACAAGUGUGUGAAUUGUACAUUUGAGCAAAAAMGUUGGAACACUUCAGGGAGGCUGAAAUACUGCUGGUUUUAGCUGCACAUAGUUGGCAUAUUCAGAUUAAUCUAUGGAUUAUGUUGGUUCUACCUGAAAUACUUCUAUUGGUAGUAAGAACCACAAAUCUUUGAGGGCUUAAUGUUUUAGUAUAGUAAGUGUGUAACUUAGUGAGGCGUUUAGUGUGGUGGGUAUUGCUUUCAGUGCUCCUUUUUUUUUCUUCCAGUUUCUAAACUCCAUGUUUUAGAUCUGUUAUUGUUGUGCUUUGUUGGCUUUUUUUCUAUUUUGAGAGCCUAAUCGUAUAUAACCCUGGGCAAUUAAGUCACCUGUUUUACAGUGGAUUUGCAACUGACAGAAGAAAAUUGACAAAACUAUAAAUAUUGUACAGUUCUGUAAAGCCUUAUCAUGGUAUCAGAUAAUUAAGGUUAGCAUUAGUGUUUAAAAAAAGAAAAAGUUUGAAAAAUCUGUAUAUGUGCAGUAACCUUCCUCUCUAACUGAUGUGCAAAUUCGGCUUGAUUCAUGAAUCAAAUGUGAUAUUAGCCUUCUUCCUCUUUCCCCUAGACUUUGUGCUGAAGCAAACCAACGAAACUUGAGACCAAAUACAUUAUUGGCUUUCCUACUAACAACAUUCUUAAGAAAAUAAAAGCCGUUUUCCAUCAAUAUAUGUUGUUCUGAAAUGCGACAUUACCCUUAACCUACUAUUUUCAUUUGUCUACCUCUUUUAUUCUCCUAGUAAGAUUUAAGAAUAUAUUUUUGUAAACUAUCCAUUGAGGUAAUGAAGCAUUUAAUAGUUUGUGCAGAGGUUAAGGCAGCUGUGACUGUUUUCAGUAGGUUUUCAUGGAGACUGCUUUCCUUUUGAAAUGUUACAAAUUUUUAUAAAUUAUUCUGAGCAUAAAUUCCAAUUUCUCAUAAAAAUUCAUUUUGAAUUGUAAAAGAAUUUUACUAGUACAGAGCAUUAAUGCUUAAUAUUAAACUAAUCUGAAGCUGAACAAACUUGACUUCCAUUCUAAACUGGUGUCCUUUUUCUCUGGCUGACUAUCAUCCUAAAUAGAUCAGCAAGACGAAAAUCACAAUUUGGUUUUCACUAUAUUUGUUCUUAGUUGCUUUCUAAUGGCUUCACUUAAGUAAUCUCUCUUGAGACUGCAGGACUGGCAACAUUUUGCUUAGUUCCUAACUUUCCUUAAAUUUCUCUCCAGUUUACCMUGGUCAUCCUUGUCCCUGCUGAUGUUGUUUUUCUUUUUCCUCCUACAUUUUGGUAAGAGGGACUCGCUUCAGGAAAUGUUGUUUCCUUUUCCUGGUAUCUUCCACAAACCCCAUCCAGCCGCAAGCUGAAGGUCUGUGUGGACAGUCAUUGCAGGCCAGUUUCAAACUAAAAAAGUUGCUAUUUUUGCUCAAUGUCACAGUGAAAAAUGGAUAUAAAGCCACUUAAAUAUAGCAGCCAGAAAAAGAACAGUAAUUGCAAGGAAUAUCAACUAAUUGGUACUUCUGUAUAAUUCAGUACCAUAUACUGACUUUUUAGCCACCCAGUGCAAAAUCAGUUGUUUAGCUUGAAACCUCAACCUUGAAAAAGUAAAACCUCAUAGUUUGCUUUACAGUCCAAGUGAUUUGCUGACAAGGUGACCGUAUGGAGUUAAAAGCAUCCAGCAUUAGAUGGUUUGAGGAGCAUGGCCAAGGUAGACAUGUGGAAGAAAAAAGCCCCAAAAGAGGAAAUGUGUAAGUUACAUCAGGUUCCAGAAUGUUCAUGUAACAGCUGUAAAGAGAGAAUUUAGUUUCAUUUUGCAUCAAAAUGUUAGUAUCUGUUUCUCCUGCUGACUCUUUUUAAUUACUUUAACUGAAUUUCAGUCCCUCAUGCAACUCUCACCAUGUAUAAGGAUUGCAAUUCACUUAAAAUCAUUAGUAUGUUAAAUGCAGUGCAUUUUAGCUAAGACAUGUCCUAGACAUUAUUCAGUUAAGGCUAAUCUGUUCACAAUGUYGAGUAUUUAGUUUAAUUUACUUGAGAAAACUUAAAGGUAUUGGAUGCUUCAUAGAAACUCAAACUUGCCUUUAAAUUUUCUAAUAAAAUCAAUAUCUACACUUUGAAUUCUUGAAAUGUAACCGAAUUCGAAGGGACGCAUACCUGUAGAUUUUAAUUGGGUUUUAAAUUUUUAUUUCUGAAUUUGAGGAAACAUACUGCAGUAUGAUGAAUUAUGUAAGUUGUGUACUUGUGUUGAUUUGUGUGUAUUUUAGUGCUCAUUAUACAGGGCUUGAAGUCUUACUGUGAAGAAAAUCUGAAAGUUCUGUAAAAUAUUUAUAGAAG